CGGGGUGGAGUCAGCAGCAGCAGCAGCAGGAGCAGCUCCGGGUCCUUGUCCAGGUCCAGCCUCACUCAGCACUUCGCUCGGCUGUUGAAGAGGCCUUUAUCCACGCAAACUGAAUGAAAACAGACAUCUGGGAAUAAUCUUCACACAUCCCAACACUUUGUCUCGGCAGGAGAUCAGAGAAAAAUCAGCAUGGGGGCCUAUGAGGAGAAGAAGGAAACAUGUGGAACCAUCUGCCUGAAAUACCUCCUGUUUGCUUUCAACUUUCUCUUUUGGUUAGCAGGGGGCGUCGUGAUGGCAGUAGGUGUUUGGACCUUGGUGGAGAAGAGCGACUACAUCAGCCUUCUCCCCUCCAAGACCUACGCUGCCUCCGCCUACAUACUGGUCCUGGCUGGAGCCAUCGUCAUGGUAACAGGCGUGCUGGGCUGCUGUGCCACCUUCAAGGAGCAGAGGAGGCUACUGCGAGUGUACUUUGUCCUGCUGCUGUGUAUCUUCCUGUUGGAGAUCCUGGCUGGUGUCCUGGCUUAUAUCUACUAUCAGCAGUUGAAUGAGGAGCUGAAGCAGAACCUGCGGGAGACCAUGACCCAGAAGUAUCAACAGAACACCCAGGAGCAAAUCACUAGGGCUGUAGACAAGCUGCAGCAAGAGUUUAAGUGCUGUGGCAGCAACAGUUCAUCCGACUGGGCUGAAAGCGUCUGGAUUCGCUCCAGAGACGCAAACGGCAGAAUGGUGCCUGACAGCUGCUGUAAGACUCCCACUGAGCUCUGUGGCCGUAGGGACCACCCAUCCAACAUCUAUAAGGUGGAGGGUGGCUGCAUCACUAAACUAGAGAAAUUCAUCCUGGACCAUCUGAAGAUCAUUGGAGCGGUGGGUGUUGGGAUUGCUUGUGUGCAGAUCAUAGGGAUGGUGUUUACAUGCUGCCUAUAUCGAAGUCUAAAGGCAGAGCCUUACUAAGAGAAGCAGAGGAAGAAAUGUUUGUGGGUGGAGCAGGAUUCCCUCGAUGUACGUUUAUGUUCGUGGACCAGGUGCUGCUCUUGAAAGCAGUGUAAAGAUCAGUGGAGUAAAACUGGCACUUUGCAGCAAAUGUUAAUCCUGGUUGCAGCAGCUGCCUCUGCCCCAGCAGCUUGGUUUACAAGCCUUCCUCUGGGGCCCUUCCACUGCUGCAGCAUUUUGUUUCGACACUAACUAGCCAGUAAUGCAUUUUAAAUAUUUGUUCCAUAGUGGCCUUUUUGGACUUGUGAACUCUUAGGUUAAUAUUUUGUAAAUGGUUAUUUUCUGUAUCAUUAGAGGGGCUUUCUUCUGAGCUGUGUGUGCCUAAAGUGUCUUCAUGGUGACAUGACAGUGUAUAAACCAUGUUUAAAAUCAACUCUGCCUCUUGAAACACAUGCUGAGAGGCAGCAGCGAUACUUGGUGCCAUUUGACCAGGCAAUGCCAUUUUAACCCUUUGUGACUCCUCUGAGGUCUAAAGGCUGAUGAUAAUGAAGUGAUUGGGUUCCAAGCAGUGCCACUUAUUUUGCUUUGAAGAGAGUGCCUCAUGUUUUCUUUUUUAUACAAGGGAUUUAUCCACUGAUGCCAAAGUUGUCCAGCAUAACUUUGUGUAAGGACCUACUGUAUCUCCUCCAGCCAUAUUCACUUAUCUACUGAUGUUGCUCUUUUCAGAUUGUUUUCAGAAAAGAUUUUCUUUUUUACUUUUCUAUAUAUUAUUGUAUUUAACAGACACGUUAGAAAAUGAUAUCCACUCUGUUAACACUGAACUUUUCCCUGUGUGCCUCAGAGAAGACACUGAAUUAAUCUGCUGUAUUUCAGUUUUAGCAAUAAUCCACCAGUAAUUUUAGUUCUAAUAAACAAUGAUCAACACAUGGCA